CGAGCGGAGAGCACAUCGCAGAGCUCGAGGUUUGCUGCGGCAAUGACUUCACCGUCUGCUCGCUAAAACCAGCUCGCAUCCCUGCUGCUGCCGCGCGAUUGGCCUCGAUGGCGACGGUCGCGUGCAAGCGGCCGAUCUGACACGAUGCAGCAGGCCAGGGAGGGAGGCGAUGCACUGAUGCAGCGCGCAGCGCAGCACAGCACAGCACAGCGCAGCCUGUCAGCAGGCGGAAUUGCAAGAAUGCAGACGAAUCCAUCAUCACCGCACAUCCACAUCCGUCUCCUGUUCCCCCGCCCUCCGCAGCGACACGUCCGGCCGGCAGAGCGACCGCAGCUACAGCGUUGCACAGCAGUAGCGCCGACCUCCUCGCACACCGCAUGCACACGGGUUUGCUGCACCCUGCGAACUCCCGUCGCCCGCAUCAACGUCUCCCUCCAGCGCCAGCAGAAUCUUUCGCCGUCUUAUCCUCAUGUAGACGGGCGCCAUGGCCAGCAACAACUUUGCCCGCGGCCCGCAAAACGGCUUCAACGGCGACAACAACGACCGCGGCCGCCAGUUUAGCGCCUACAUGAGCAGCGUCUACGAAGGUGCCAUCGCCGCGACCCGCUCCGUCGAUGUCGUGACCCAGACCACCACGCUGGACGACUCGCUGUCCACCACCGAUCCCGACGACAUCGACUCCGACCAAGGCACAUUGACCAACGCUCUUUUCUUCCCGACCGCAUCCUCGACCAGUGCCGGCACGACGUUGGUGACACAGACCUCGAGUCAGGGGAACAGCAAUUUGCAAUCCUCUUCGCCCUCCACAGAACAGUCACAAGUACAAAACACUUCACAAUCCGACGAUGAUGGAGGAGGACUCUCGGGAGGAAAGCUUGCUGCUGCAAUUGCCGUCCCCAUCAUCGUCGUCACACUCUCUGCGCUGGCCGCAUUCCUGCUCUUCCGCCGGAGGCGCAAGUCUCGCCAAGAGCAGCCCAACACCCCGGAAGUCAGCAGCACACAUAGCAGAGGAGGCGCAGCAGGCUUCUUUGGCUGGAGAGAGAAAUGGGGCAGUCUGAGGAGCAGUGCUUCAUCACACAAGGAUCCCACUCCGGAAGUGACCUCUGUCAACAAUCAACCUGCCUUCGUGCCGGCCACGACCAUAUCGCACGAGGAGCAGCCUCCGCCCUAUCCGCUUGAAACUGCUCCUCGCCCAACCACUGAGCCCCAGACGAGGCAGCUUCAGCUCGCAACAGAUGUACCUCGCGCUGCACCAGAGUCCACAUCGCCAGUCUCACCACUGUCGCCCUCGGAGUUCCUGUCGCCCAACCCGUCCUUUAUGCGCACUGCUCGACGUGGGUCCACAGCCGCGAGCAUCAAUUCGGACGCAUAUUCGGACACUGCUUCGAUUCAUUCUGCUCGUGCAGCUAGGAUGUCAGUCGGAGGCCCGACCAUGAUUGCGCCUUUGCGUAAUGCUUCCCCCAACUCAACCCGACACGACCGAGGGCCUGGAAGUGUCGGUAGUUCUGGGACAGGAGAUCCAUUUGGUGAUGCAAGGAGGGCGAAUACUCCAUCGCUCGAGGGGUUGAGGAUUGCCAUCAGUGGUGCCGGCAGUCCCAAGAAGGAGGACCAAGGUUGACCUAACGAGCCACGGCCGCCGCAAGGCACAUCAUAUCGAACGCCAAAGGCAUUGAGCAUCCUCAUCCGAUUUGCUCGGCCUUUUACGGCUUUGUGCCGCAUAAACUCUUCUGACUCAUGACUGCCUGUUGCCAAUGACACGCCAGCGCAGUCGGCUCCCGUUUGGACUUCUUGCAAAUAUGUGUUACUACAACAGCACUUCUCCCGGAACGAGAAGGAAACAUUCGAACAGAUUCGAUCAUUGAACAAAUCGACAGUCACUCAUUCACAGGAGGACGCCGAGGAAGAGGGAGGAAGGAGAGAUCUGUGAGAAGGAGUUGCAGUAGGAGAGAUUGUGCGAGAAAGUUGUUUUGCAUCUGUCUGCACAUUGUGCACUUUAGCGGUGGCGUCUCGAGAGAUUCAGGGCAGUUCGCCUCCCACUGCGUUGUAUGAUAUGAGAUCUACUGGCGAACGAGUUUGGAAGCGCAUAGGGCAUGCAUGGAUGAAAUGUCUAAUGACUUUAUGCUGAUUUUUCUCACAUUGGCUCUUGUUCUUUUCUUUUCUUCUAGUACUCCACCACCAUGCAUGACAUCGACUUGCGAGU